AUGGCGGAACCCGCCGGGCCGCCCCCGCCGGCCGUUUUCUUCGGGGCCGUAGCGCCGGGUAACCCGGUGGUAGACAGCUUGGAAGCCGAGCUGCGGGACGUCCUGGGCUCCCUGCGGCGGCUGGGAGGCGAGGGGGAGGCCGAGCCGCAGCAGCACGACCUGCACCGCCGCGGAGCAAAUACUUUGUUUAAUAUUUGGAUCAAAUAUAAGCCUCGACUGCCAGAGUGGUAUUACAAUGAAAAACUUCUGAAAGUUGGUGAUUCCCUUGCUCAGAUCAAAGAAUAUAAGUUGGCACUUCUGCAGUGCUAUGGAAGAUACCUUCAGCAGUUCGUUUCUGUAAACCUUGAUGAUAUAAAUGAUGUGCAUCAAUUUAAAUCCACCUUUUUUCCAAAUGGUUUCAGAGACAAAAAUGCAGCACUUACGUUCCGUGCUUUGCAAGAGAGAAAUGUUUGCAUUUAUCAGAUGAUUUGCAGCCGUGACAGAAAUCUUCAGAAUCAAGAGUCCCUGCAGACUUGUUUCAAUGUCUUGUCCUCAUUACGACUCACUAUGCAAGUGGCUCUACCUCAGGAGAAUUUGUGUUGGCUUAUCUACAAUGGUACUAUUCAUAUUUACACCAUAUGCAGACAUUUGAUGAUGAUAGGUCAGUCAGCUAAGGUGCUGGAAUACUUACUGUGGGCCAGUAUAUGUAUGGAAUCAUCCAUUCCACUCUUAUCUGUACAUUACUUGACAUGGAGAGCCACCCUGUAUACUGCAGUUUCUCAGUGUUAUUUUGAUUGUCAAGCCAGCAUUCAUGGAGAGAUAUUUGCUCGCCGUGGUCUGAUUAAAAUUGAUGAACUGAAGCAAUUAGAAAAUACCAGUUCUUCGCUGGAAAAUUCAGAGACAAAAAGGGUUUUUAGAGAGGCCACUCUAAAGAUGUCAGUAAUGAUUUUCAAGAGAGCAGUAUAUGAAUCCAGAAGAAAACCAAAAAGCUUCUUUCGACCUAAGUUAAGAGUUAGCCUGAAAGAAGGACAAAAUUUGCCAUGGCCUCGCACUACUACUGAACGGCUGCUGACAGAAAUGUUUGAUGGUGUUGCAGCUCAGUUCCUUGCCAUCUUGGAAGCUUUGUCUGAUAGUAGCAGGCGUGUGUUGCACCCUGCUCCACCUGUUCCUGAUGAAAUUGAAAUUCGUGAUGUCAUUUCGGAGCUUUUUUUUGCAGGCCUGGAAAUCCUCUCAGGUGGAGUAAGCAGUACUGGUAUUCAAGGAAGUGAUUGCACUGAUAAUUUUGGUAUAAUUAAUGCUUCAUCAACCCUUCUGCAGUUGAUACUAACAGGAGAAAAGAGGGUGUCUGGAGAUGCUGCUGUGAAAUUCAUAAAAUUAGCUUUCAGCUAUGAAGAAUGGGAUGUGUUUCAUUCUGCUAUUGAAUUUGUUGUUAAUUUUCUUCAGGCUCAAGAUGACCCAACAUGGAAGAAAGCUGAAAUGGAACUCAAACUUCUUACACUGAUGCAACCUUUACUGUUUCCAAGGAAAUUUAAACGUGGUUUUUCUGCUAGUGAAAAUAAUACUAAAGAAGCUAGGAUGCCUCAUGGUUCUGAAAAGAAGCAAACAUUUAGAAACAAUUCCCUAAAGCAUGGAGAGCCUUCUCAUGAUCUUAUUAUUUUGGCAACAACAGUGUUUUCCUAUGUCUCCACAUCUAAGCAGAAUAUCCAACCUGACAAAGAAAUACUUGUUGAUGUACUAAUGUUUUUGUGGCAGAGGUGUAAAACAGGACUUCAGCGAAUCCAAAUGAGUGGAAGUGACUACUUAAAAUACAUCCACAAAUACAAAGCUUACCAAUGGAUUCAUGUACUCUGGAUAAUAAAUGAAGUAAUUCAGAAGAGCAGUAUAGCAGACACUAAUGUUGUAAUGCUGGCAGAGAUAACCUUACAUCUAGCUGCAAUAUUGGAAAACAUAGCUGAUUCUACAAGUAAAUCUCAGAAAAAAGCAGGAAAAAGAAGUGCCUUAGUCUCGCAGGAUGAAACCUGUGAUGUGCCUGAAAUACUGAUGAAAAGUCCUACAGAACAAUUACAAGUUGCUUAUGAAAGUCUUGAAAAUGCAAUUAAUGGAAUGAACACAUCUCGCUCAAUGACCCUUCUACCAGAUGGAAAGUCAAUAUUUGACAACUGCUGUACAAAGGUGGACUCAAAUGAUCAGAAUUUGAAUUCUGUUUUGGGAUGUGCUAAUGAUAAGACAGGAACAGGUAAUGGUUUUUUAAUGGAUUUACACUUGGAGCUCAUUCAGACCCAACAUCGAGUAGCUGUGAAACUUCUUAAAAUGACGCAAGGUGCUCAAAAGGAUAACAGAAGUCUUAAGUCUGGCAAGUCUCAUGUGAAGAAUAAUAAAGAUUUCCAUUAUUUAACAGAGGCACUUAUAAUGAGAAAAAUAAAAAAGAAUAAGCUAUCCAGAGCAAUCUUUUUGAUGCAAAAGGCUGCACAGAAGUUCCCUGAAGAGUUAACCACUUCUUCCCAAAGGCAGCUACUGGAGGAAGCACUAACUUUAAUUGAGCAAGUUGAAGCUGAACAAAGUGCAUUGUAUCACAGUCUCAAAGAAGCUUUGAGCAGCAAGAAAAAAAGCAGAACUCCUCCUCCUCCUCUAUUACUUUCUAGAUCACAUUGCUCCAUGACAUUUAAACCAGCCCCAUUCUCUUCAGAUAUUCAGGUUUCGUGGUACAGUAUUUUGGGCUCUGUAGCAGGAGGAAGUAAUAUGAAAGUAAGGUUAAAUAACAAUAAACUUCCAAAUGCAGGAGAAGAGAUACCAGCUGAUGGGAAAAGCCUCUUGGAAGUACAAGGCUUAGAUCCCAAUGAGAAAUACAUAUUUGCAGUCGCAGCAUAUUCUUCUGAUGGAAAACUUAUUGGUGAUGGCAUUGGGGAAACGACUAAGCCAAUCCUUGCUUAUCUACCUCUUUCUGCUACUACUGUUCGAGCCUAUCUAACUCAGGUAGCCUAUCAGACUGGCAACUAUACAUUAGCCAGAGAAGCAUUUUCACCACUGUGGGAUUAUUUUGUUUCAAAUUCUUCUCCACUGCCUGCCAAUGCAGCUGUUAUUUCUGCAAGUAGUAAUUUGACUAUAUCUGAAAACAGGUUACGUUUUGAAGCUGUAUCUCAGACUUCUCCUAUUACCUUGCACCUUUUUCUGAGGAAUAUAUUUGCUGUCUGUGACAUUAAUGUUGUGGAAGGAGCACUCUUCUGUGAUUCCAUCUGUUCCAAUGAGAUACUUUAUAAGGAACAAGUUGCUAGAUUAGCAGAAUGCGAAAGAAUGACUGUGGCAAUUGAACUUAGCAGUUGGUUGAAUGAUUCAAGUUACACCCUGCAGUCUGUUGUACAAUGUUAUGGUCUCCUUGCCCCGAUUAUUUAUCACAAGAUUUCUUCAGUGCCAGUAGUUCAGAUCCUCAUUAAGUGCUUGGCUGUCCUUCAAGAAAUUCCAAGUGCUGCUUUGCAGAGGAGGCAGGAAGGAUGUUAUGAGAGUAUUCAGCACAUGAUAGCUUGUACUUCAUUUUAUACAGCAAAGGUACUACGUUCCUGGAAAGAAUAUGAACUAGCAGUAAUUAUUGUUAACUACGGGAAAAAAUUGUUGGAUUCCUCACCAACAACCUCACCCUGCCUGUCAGGAGCUCUAGAAACUGAAGAAACGGACACUAACAAAGAAGUUAAAACCCCUUCUGCAAAGACAUCCCAUUUAGCUGCAAUGGAAAAAGCAACAGAAAAUCUAAGUGCUCUUGAAUCAAAUCUCCUCAGACUGACAAAACCAGUUCAUGGAUCAGAGCUUACAGGACAGGAAGAUCCUUUGUUCCUCUACCCUGUAAUUUCAUGUUGGACAUCAAGCAAUGCUUAUCGAGAAGUGAUGAAAUUCAGGAAGAAAUCACGUUUUCUUGAGUUCUUUGUUCAAGUUUUGCACAAAAUCCUGAACGAAGAGAAAUUUCAAUGUGUUCUGGAAUGGGCAGGCAAUGUGCAAGUUUACUUGAAGAGGAGGAACGACCACCUUCUUGGUAUCAAUGGAAUUUCAACACAAGAAACACUUUCUCCCACUCUGCCAGAAGGCAUGGAUAGAUACACUACAGAAGCUGUGGAGUUUCAGAAAACUAUGGAGACCUCACCUUUAAAGAAACCAGAGGCAUCAACUUUGAAGAAACCAAGAAAAGAAGCCUUGAGUCCAAUUCGAAAAAGACAGACUCUUAGACAGUAUUUCAUGAAACAUCCCAACAUAAUGGAAUCUCCAGAAGCACAAAGGAAAUGCAAGAAAGAGUUGCAAAAAGUAGCUCAUCGCACCUUAGUGGUACUGCUGAAUCCAAUUGUGAGUAAUUACUUAAACCGAAAGAAGUUUCAUCAAAUAUGUCUUGAAGAGAUGCCCUGGAGGUCUCAGAUGAAUAUCUAUCUGGCAGUUGCACACUACAACUUAUUUAAAAAGAAACUGGAAGAGCAAUAUAACAUUGGAAUUUGUGGUUCACAGCAUCUGGACAGUUACAAUAUUUUGGAUCCUGAAUUAUUCUCAUUAAGUAAUUCUGGCACUGUAGUGGUGAGAGAAGCUGUAGAGAGUAACAUGAGAACACCAAUUCCUCCCCUCCUUAAAAAGUCAGGAGUGACUGAAGAACAAACUCGCACAGAGAAAUCUUCUGAGCACAGCAUUAAACUCAGUGGAACAGAUACUCCUCAAACUCAAACGACAAACGAUACAGAAAUACCCAUCUCUUAUUCCCCCAAAGAAUACAACCAGUUUCUGCCAAACACCAUUUUAUUGCAGCAUUUUACAAAAAUCUUUUUGCAUUUAAGAAGAGCGGUGGUUCUUGCUCACCGUGGUGGCCACUGGACGUUGCUUCAAAAUGCUUGUCGAGAACUUUGGAACUAUACUCAAGAAUUACAGUUGCUUGCUAACCAUUCAUAUUCCCAUACGGAUGCAUUUCCCAUUACCAGGGAUUUUCUUAGGAACACCAUCUGGUUGCCUUUUUAUUUGGCAUCAGACAUGAUCAUUGAUAUGAUAACUGAACUACAAGCAAGCAGGUCUCUUAAGAUUGUGGAUCCUGAAGGAGACUUCUGCAUUCCCAGUUGUUUAGGAGGUAUUAUGGAUGAGAAUGGUGGUUCUAGUCUCCAUCCGCAGUCUCCCCUGGAUGACGUGAACGUGGUUGACUUGAAAUGGAUAUGUAAUCUGAUUCUUAAAACAAUAGAAUUGUUAUAUCAAAUGAAGAAGUGGGAAGCACUGGUACACAUAGCUGUACAAUUUAACAUAUUUACACAUGAGAGAUACACAGAACAAGUGAGUCCGCUGCUGGUGUAUGCUCAGAGGCAGCUGCUGGAAAGGAUACAGCAAUUCAGUGGCCCAGACAGCCAUGAAUCUCAUUUCAUAAAAUAUCUGUCUGAUAAUGCACAUAAGAUGAGUUGCAGAAACUACAUAGGGCAGAAAUUACAGCUGCCUGUUGCCCAUUCUGCUAGUGAACGGAUUUUUCCUGGAUGCUUUUUCUAUCCUGAGAUGAAAAAUGAUUACACAGAUCAUAGUCAAGCAAAAGCCCUGGUUCAUGUACCUCUUGAUGUGAAUGAUACACUGAAAUGUUUUAGAGAAACUCUACAAAAAUCUAAAUAUCACAGCAGAGCACUGAGACACAGCAGAAAACUGCUUGCAUUGUUUCUUGCACACACACAAGAAAAUGCUGGAAGAGCAAUCAGCAGUCAUAUCUCUUCAAAUAGAAAGCUGGAAUUUAAUGUGGGAGAUGAACUGAUAUUUCUACCAACACCAUGUGACCUUUCUCAAGAAAAAUUUAAUUUCUCCUGUAUGGUUGAGAGUAAACCCAUACCACAGUCACAGCUUUCAGUAAUUAUCUCUUCCUAUGAACAAACAAUUGGAAUCCUUGAAAUAAACAACCAGAGAGACCUCAAAGUUCAGGCUCUACAUGAACUUGGAAAUCUUCACUUUUACACUGGAAACAAAAGAGCUGCUUUUAAAUAUUGGUGUCAAGCCCUUGAUGAAACACUCAACAUUGCUGAUGCUCUUAACAACUGGCAAGAGUUAGGUUUUCUAAAAAAUGCUACAGACUGCUUUGCAGUUGGAAGAUCAACUGAUAUUAGUCAGAAAUUUCUUUCUCAGGUUGGAGUUUGGGGAUGUUUACAUGCAGCAGUCUUAGUGGCUAAGAUAGCUCAGUAUAUAACGACAUCAAAGAUGAGAUUAAGAACUAAAUACUGCUAUUUUUCUGCUAUACUUUUUAAGACCCUGUUUAGAGUUUCUCUUCCACAUCCGACAUCUGACUGUGACUUUGCACAAUAUGAAACAAGUAUGCUUAUUCCUGGUAUUGACUUGUUCUCUGAUCGCUACAGAGCUGAUAUCUCUACUGUAGUGGCAAGUCUGAAUUUCCUUAUGUUUGAACUACAUUGUGCAAAACAAAAUUUAAUAAUUUUACCAUUGUUCACAUUAUACCAAUACAUUGUUUCUGAGAUUUGUAAGGACCCAGCUAAAUGUAUUGAAGGAAGAAUCUUCAAGGUUAAAGUACUUACAGAUAUAGGAUUUUUCACGGAGGCCUUUCAUGAACUGGCUUUGCUUAACUGUGGAGAGAGAAUUCCAUGGAGAAUACCUGCAGGAUACAGAAAAAUUGAACAAAUGAAGGCCUUACUGAAGUUUGACUCCUCAAAAUCUCUCCUGACUGUUACAAAUUUACAGGUACUGGAAGACAUAUUUAAUUGGAGUCUGUCUUUAACAAUGGUGCCGCUGUGCAACCAACAAAUUAUGAAUAAAUUAACAUUAGCUAAAAUGCAUUUCAUCAUUUGCCUUUCUGCCACAAUAAAUAAUAUACCUGAAAAAGUAGAAAAACACAUCUAUUCUGUUGAUAACAACAGCUUGAAGGAGCCAAGCAGAAUUACAGCAUCACAUGUAAAAGUUGAAACUGAUAAAAAUUCAAGACAACAGGAACAAAGAGGCACAAUGGUGCAGCUCGUUGACUGUAAAGAUGAAUUAAAUAUGGCCAUGCUGAAGGGAAUUUUAUUGACAGAAGCUGAAGAAAGUCUUAGCCAUCUUGUGCAGAACAUACAGGACAAAUACGAUGGGGAGGUAUCUCGGUGUUCUGCUGAAGAUUUAGAGGCUCUUAUUGAGGCCAAACUUCAGCUUGCUGCUAUUUCUCAGCAAAGGCAUCAAGCAGCUUUCAGUGUUGCUUUGGCUUUCUCUGCAAUCCGACUUCUCCAAAAUGCAGAAAUUUUUAGGACAGAAGUGACACAUUUUCAAGAAGAAAAGGAUGAAAGGGAGUGUUUGGAUGCUUACGUUGAAGAUGUUCGACUGCCUCACAGUAUAACAGCACAAGAUCACAUGAAUGUACAUCUGUGGCUAAGGUGUCGUACAAUGUUAGUGACUGCGCUAGUAACACAGAUACAUGGUGUUGGUGAUAUGGAAGAAAAUGAUGUGGCUGAACGCAGAAGUGUGAUAAAAGAAGUAAUACUAGAGGCAGAAGCCUUUGGUGACAGCGAGACUCAGGCUGAAAUGAUGGUGCAAGCUGCAAUUCUUGACCUGCAAGAAAAACGUCCCGUGGCAGGCAUUAAACUUCUAUUGCAGAAUAUCAUCAGUUUACUCCAAGAGGAUACAUUUAUUUCCCCUCCAGCUUCUUUGACUCUUGUGAAAAGUAUCCUUCUGCUGGCAGACAUACUAACACUGCAAACAGGAGAGGAUACAGAACAUUGCUCUUCUACAGCGGAACCAUUAAACUUACUAAUUUUGGCACAUGAGCUUACCAUUAAAGCCAUUUUUGUUUGCGGAGAAACCAUUGAACGGCAAAUAGAAGACAGUACAUUGACUUGCCUGGUCCUACCUACAAAAAAUAUCUACUUGCCACAUAUCAACUUGCUAGCCCAAGUCAAAAUGAGAAUUGGACUCACAUUAGCUGAAAAAGUAGCUUGUACACCUGCAAGAGGAGAUCCACUGCAAUGGCUACGUGCUGUCAAACAUUUAGAAUCAGCAUUGGAGCUUUGCAGAGCAUCUGCAACAAAAAAAUUAGAUAUGGAAGCUGAACUUCUUUUUCAGAUAGGUAAGGUAGAACGCCAGAUAACUGAAGCAGGCAAUAACAGAUCAUCUCGAGCUGUUGAAACCCUCUUGGAAGCUAUAAAACUCAGCCAGCAACAUGAUCAAAAACUUGAGUUAAUAAGAAGAUCAUACCUUGAAAUAGCACUAUUAUAUUUGCAUUUUGCCACAAAUAAUGAGGAUGUGUCACAGCCAGAUAAGAUGGUGCCUUCCAAAUCAAACAACUCUUCUGGAGAGCGCUCUUCUCCCGAGGAGGCUCUGAAAUCAGAAGGCUACAAAGUACAGUCCUGGAUUGCAGUAAGAGCAGCUACACAGGUCAGUGAAGCUGUGCUUGCUUCUCAGCUAUUAAUUGGAAUUAAGAGUGUUAAAGAACACAGCAUGAAGGACACAGUGCAACAGAAAAUCCCAGAAUUUGCUUCCAUGGAUCUUCUUGCUUCGUACAGAGAUUUCUUAUCUGAUGGAUACAAUGCUGCAUCUGAAAGUCCCAAAGCAUCUUCUACUGAAAACAAAAAAAUCAUACAAGAUGAGCAGAGCCAAAGUGAAAGAACAGAAAGUCUUGCCACCAAGGCCAGCCAGAGGAAAGAGACAAUAACAUGGGUUCACUUAAUUCGCUACCACAGUUAUUUAAAAAGACUUAAUAACACAAACCUCCUAUUUGCUGCCCCUAACUCAGGACGUGGAUCAUUUUCUGCAAGAGAUGGACACCUUAGUUCUGUUUUUGACACAGGGAUUGUUCUACGCAUAGCAGAAAUGCAUUCCUUUCUUAAAAAAUAUUUGUUUGAAUAUUCAAUGUGUUGUCCUGAGAAUUUCCCAGAAGAGCUACAUGAUGUAGAAUUGCCACUUGGUAGGCCAGCUGAUUCUUCAAAGAUGUCUCUUGAAAUUACUGGAAUUACAUCAAAGAUGUCACAUGUGAGAACAGCUUCUCUGGUGUCUGUCAUUGCAGAAGCAAACAGUCAGAUGGAGAGUAGGGCAACAAAUGCUUCAAAUAAGGAAAUUAAUAUUCAGUGGUACAUUCCUUCUCUGGCAAAGCCAUCAAACGAUACAGAGACUAAGGUUUUGCUGCUUUAUGCUUAUAAUACAAAGCCUGUCAAGAUUAGCAACAUCAAGAUUUUCAGUUCAAUGUCUAUGUUUUCAGGCCACUUGUGGAUUCCGUUGGCUAGAGUUAUUUCUUUACAGAAGAAAUUAUCUAAUCUGAAGCAGCAAGUUGAAAUGUUGAUGCAAAGUUCUAAAAGCUUGUCUUCAGCUUCAGAACCUACAAGUUUUCUUGAAGAAAGUGGAACUUUGAAAAAAAUUCCUUCAAUAAAAACCAAAAUUAAUGUUGCAAAAGUGCAUCUUGAUGAAAAAACAGAAGAAAUGGCUAAAUGGUGUUUAUCUGAAGUCAAAGCACUGCUGUCUGUUGUUCCAGCUCUGUCCUUGCCAUUAACUGAGAUCCCGUUUGAUGUUACUUUGCAAUCAAUAGCAAGUUUGAAAGAUAUGUUUGAUCCUGCAAAUGGAUGUAUAAUAACUGAAGAAAGUCUCUUCAAUUGGAUCAUUUCUCUGUUUCACUAAAUUCUAUUUUUGCAAUAACUUAAUCAGUUGCUGAGUGCUAUAGAUUUAGACUUAAGUUCUGGUGUUAAUCAACCAACCUCAUUAAUCACACCAGGA